CUUCCCAAGUGUCUGUCAGACUCAGCCAUUUAGAUUUUGAUUCUCUGCCAUGGCAGGACGAAAAGCCACAGACUUGGUUGUUCUACACAUCAUUUGUCUUCUUUGUGGUACUGCCAUUUGCUUGCCCAUAGUAAAGGUGACUGACUAUGAUGUGGACGGUGGAAAGGAUCUAGACAUUUUUGACAUCAAUGAAGAGGCAGGGUUGAAUCUUGUCGAGGGGGACAUUGUGCUCGAUGAGAAGCAAACUCGAAAUUCCAUUAUAGGGGAGAAGUACAGGUGGCCAACGAUGGUCCCAUACCGCAUGGAGGAUGACUUAGAGAUCAAUGCGAAAGGUGUGAUUCUAAAAGCCUUCGAGCAGUACCGGCUCAAGACCUGCAUUGACUUCAAGCCUUGGAGCGGAGAAGAUAACUACAUCUCCAUCUUUAAAGGGGGCGGCUGUUUCUCCUCUGUUGGUAACCGGCACGUUGGGAAGCAGAGAUUGUCGAUAGGGACAAACUGUGACCGCAUAGCCACCAUUGAACAUGAGUUCCUUCAUGCUCUGGGUUUCUGGCACGAGCAGUCCAGGUCAGACCGUGAUGAUUAUGUCAAAAUCAUGUGGGACCGCAUCUCAGAGGGUAGGGAACACAACUUUAACACCUACAAUGACAGCACCUCCAGCUCUUUGGGUGUACCCUAUGAUUACGGCUCCAUGAUGCACUACAGCAAAAAUGCCUUCCGUAACGGCACUGAGCCCACCAUCGUCACCAAGAUCCCGGCUUUCAGUGAUGUGAUCGGCCAGCGUAUGGAGUUCAGUGACAGCGACCUGCUAAAGCUCCACCGCCUCUACAACUGCACUCAGGCCUCUACCUUCCUGGAUUCAUGCGACUUUGAACGUGAGAACAUCUGCGGUAUGAUCCAGGGACAAGGGGAUACAGCUGACUGGCUCAGGGUUACCACAGCUCCUGGAGGGCCAGACACUGACUACUCCAACAUGGGCAAAUGCACAGGCUCAGGCUAUUUCAUGCACUUCAGCACUGGCACAGCCAACACUGGGGAUACAGCUCUACUGGAGAGCAGAAUCCUUUACCCUAAAAGAGGUUUUCAAUGCCUGCAGUUCUUCUACUACAACAGUGCUCACCCCAGAGACACGCUGAAGGUCUAUGUCAGAGAGUACGACAAAACUAACCCCAAUGGAACGCUGCGCUUUAUAAAGACCAUAGAAGGAUCCCCUCAGAAGCUGUGGCAACUCCACCAUGUGAGUUUGGAUGUCAAAACCAAAUUCCGCGUUGUCUUUGAAGGGACCAAGGUGCACCCCGGGCCUGCGACAGGAGGACUAUCCCUGGAUGACAUCAACCUCUCUGAGACCACCUGCCCAGAGUUCGUAUGGCGUGUGAAAAACUUCAGGAAUGUAAUGGAAAGCACCCCAACAAACACGCCUAUCUUUAGCCCUCCAUUCACCUCUAAGGAGGGUUAUACCUUCCAAAUGCAGCUGUACCCCAAUGGCAAAGAAGGCUACCCCGGUGAAUUGUCAGCCUAUGCUCAUCUGGUGGCCCGUGAAGGGGAUACAGGACAGAAAUGGCCAUGCCCUUGGAAACAGAUAACCAUGAUGCUAAUGGACCAACAUCCACACAUCCAAAAGCGCAUGUCCAACCAGCGCAGUGUCACGACUGACCCCAACAUGACGGCAACAAACUCUGAACAGUUUUUCUGGGAUGAUCCUCGCAAGGUUGGAGUUGAGGUCACAGAUACAGAUGGAUCGAAGUAUUUCAGAGGGCCGGGAUACGGUACUGCAGUGUAUCUCACCCACCUCAGAGCAAAAAGCAGGGAUUUUAUCAAGGGAGGAGAUGCCAUCUUUCUUCUCACCAUGGAGGAUGUUUCCCAUCUGCUCCCAACCCUUUCACCUUCCACAACUUCACGCCCCGUCACCACUACAACUACAACUUCUGACACCACUACGUCUUCUGUCACUACAACUACAACUUCUGACACCACUACAAUUUCCGUCCCCACUGAUGUCUGCCUCGAUGUGCAAUGUCAGAAUGGUGGACUGUGUGUCAAGGACAACGGCAAAGCUGCUUGCAGGUGUGUGGUGGGUCAUGACUGGUGGUACUACGGAGACAACUGUCAGUACAAGGGGACUGAACACGAUAAAACCAUCCUUGCACUUGCUUCUUCUUUGUCUGUACUGGGAGCAAUGUUGAUUAUAACAGCAAUCGCUGUCUACUGUGUGAGGAAGAAGUACAAGAAAGCCAGAACUGAUAAAGGUUUUGUCAUGGAAAAUAUGAAUGCUUCUUCGAAACACUAAUACCUCGAGGAAUUCUGAACUUUCAGGUACGCAGCAAAAAAAUGAAGACGCAGACUUUAACUAAAAUAAAUCAGGGCUUGAAUACUUGUGCUCCACAAUGUAUAAAGCAGGCAUAUAUCCCAUAUAUACUUUGCAUAUGAUUAAUGAGGAACAGCCUUGAUGCGAUGGAUCAAAACAUGGUAUUAGUUCGCCGCCUGCUGGGCAUUCAAUGUAACAACACUAAGAAAAUGUAUGAAUAUUGUGUCAAAUAAAUGUUUAUUUAAAUUA